UUUGUAUUUGAGAGACUCAAUGUGCGCCUUUCAAGCCUGGUUCUCAGACUAAGUAUACACUGGGAGUACACAAUAUUUGUAUGAGUGUAAAGCCCGAUUUCUUCUCUUUCGAAUGGCGUAGUCCAAUUUUUCUCCCAUCUAAAACUAAGUUUGAAUUUGGGAGAAAAUGCGAAGCAAUAAACACAUAGUUGUGGUGAUUUGCGUCCGGGGCGAAUAAGUGCUCUCUACGAAGUCCGCGCCCGCCUGGUAUGUUUUUUCACGAACCAUCGCGGCUCAUUCCCUAGUUGACAGCGGAAGAAGUACGACGUUUUUGCAUCCUACGCAAACACAGACCUUAUUCUAGUGAAAAUGGCAGAUGUAGCAGCUCAAGCACCCGCGACAAAAUCACCAAAAAAGAAGAUGGCAUCCAAGCCCAAGGCAGCCGCCACACACCCGAAAUACGUUGACAUGAUCCGCGCUGCCAUUGGCAGUUUGAAGGAAAGGAGUGGUUCAUCACGACAAGCUAUCUUGAAAUACGUCAUGGCUAACUACAAGGUCGGAUCCGAUUCGAACAUGGCUAACUCCCGGGUAAAAACCGCCCUGAAAAACGGUGUCAAGUCCGGAGUUAUUAAGCAGGCCAAGGGCACGGGAGCAGCCGGUUCCUUCAAACUUGGUGACGUAAAGGCCGAAAAACCCAAAGUGAAGAAAGCCGCUAAAAAGUCUCCUGCUAAGAAAACGGCCACCGCCAAGAAACCCAAGGCAAAGAAAGCAGCACCCAAGAAAGCCGCUACACCGAAAAAGGCUAAAGCCGCCGGAGCCAAGAAGACAGUAAAACCAAAGAAGGCCAAGUCACCCAAAAAGGUGAAAACCCCUAAAAAGGUUAAAACCGCAAAGCCAGCCAAAAAGGCAGCCCCCAAGAAGAAAGCUGCCGCCAAACCUAAAAAGGCCUAAAUGUCUUUCCCCGAGCUUUAUUGCACGACUGUAAAACGGCCCUUUUCAGGGCCACCCCAAAUUUCCACGAAAGAAUGCCUUUCCAUAUUCUAAUCGAAAAAAUGUAACCAUUUGUCGCAUAGUAAGUGAUCAAUUCACACAUAAAGCCUAUCCCCUGA